AUGCUCGCUUCUAUCAUUCUGGAACGUCGGAGUGUCACCAUAGAUGGCUCAGCAAAACUUUCGGUCAUUCGCUCAUCCAACGCUGCGCCGAUGAACCUGCUCCAAUCAUUAUACGGCAAUGUCCGAGGAGCUUCGCUUUGGGGUAUAGUGGUGCUAUGCUUAACCAUCACUACAUCUGCUCUGCAACUCGCCUCUACAGCUCUGGUGCGGGACAUGGGCAUCGGUCAACUCGUUCGCGAGGAGCAAGAUACCAGAAAUUUGGCCGCACUAUCAUGGGACAAUCACAAUCUCUCUGCAGUUAACGAUAUGCAGCGGGAACGAUAUUGGCUGGAAACAGUCAAAGACUUUCCAACCUUUGCUGAACGAAGGUCUCCUUUCGUGACCAAUGCCCGCGAAACCAAAACUAUUCGUGAUACAGGACUUGUUCACCGAGCCUUUAUCCCGUUUCGAAAUGCAACUGUACGGACAUCAAUCAAGCGGUACAAAGGUCUAUCCACAGUUAUUGAUUCCAGAGUCGCAUGCGUCCAGCCAAGAAUCCACGACGGGUUGGGCGUUGCAUUCGUUGAAGGGUGGGGGUGGUAUUUGAACGGAACCUUCAUCCCGAACGACAUGCCGGAGGGUCUGAUCGGGGGUGACUCUGCAGGUAAUACCGCGGAUCUGCACAACAGAACUCUCGAUACCACACUCGGCAUAGGUCCCAAAACUACCCUCACCCGGGCUCAAGAACUGCCAUAUACCCAUGACGCAGGCGAGUGGAACAUAAUAACCAAGGUCAUCUAUUCAGGACCUAAGCUUCUAUCAGCGUUUGACCCACGUUACGCAGACAUCGUUAGCGACACAACCACGUCUUUCGAGCGUGGUGAAGGAUCUUCUUACCACGUAAUUGGCGAUGAUAUUACUCUCUUGACAGGUCGCAGCUAUCUUCUCAUCAACAUAACAAGUGCAAUGGGUCGACGGGCUAUCGUCAAUGAAACAGACACAACAAGUCCCAGGGACUUUUACUUCUCCCCCCGCCAUACAAAGCACAAGCUAUUACUCAAAGGUCAAGACGAAUGGCUUACGUUCCGUCUAUAUGAGGUGCCAACUUUUCGUCUAGCCGUCAGCCUAUGCUUUGACUCAUUCGUCUCUGUUGAAGCAAACGUGAGCAUCACGGCGCCGUCAGACCGGCCAGUGAUUGAACCCAAUUUGGGCACCUGGAAUACUAAAACUACGCGUUUCAAUACUACAGAUGCUCGGGCGCAACUAGAUUAUGAAAAGCACCAUCGAGAACGACAUGUAAUGAAGCUCGACACUACAGCCGAGGACUUUCGCAAUCAGACCAUGGCUUCGUACAAUCUCUCGCGGGAGAACCAAUUAACCCGGAUCAAGUUCCCCUUUCAGGACAUCAUUCCACCAUACGUGAAAUACAGUGACCAGACUGGUGGCUACAUGUGCGCUUCAUGCGGCAUUCAGUUCGAUCGAGACGACGACCCCGUACGAAUGAACCCCCAGAUCUUCAACAGGGUGCACCAGCAAAUGUUCCAAGAUACGCUUAGGGCGACGAAUAACUCAGCCAAAGCCUGGCAGAACUUAAUGACGCUCAUCGGUCGGAUGGCGUAUUACGAUAAGACCCCAUAUUUCGACUACAACGACACAGCUCAGAUAACAUGGUUCUACCGAGCUCAAUUCCCCCGAACUUCUGAAGGAUUUUGGGCUACCGUUGGAGUUUUGGGCGGACAUGUAGUUCUUGUUGUUUUCAUCAUCGCCUGUUUUAUUCUCAACACCGAGGUUUCUUGUGUUGGGGACAAUAUCUGGCAGUGUAUUGCCCAGACUAACUAUGAUGAGGAUGGUAGCUUCCUUCGUGGCUUGACUACUAAAAAGGAUUCGGAGGUUGAGAAAUUGUUUCAGGGGAGCGGGUUGGAUAAAGAGACUGUAACUCUUCAGGUUAUUCAAGAGGCUUCAGGACAGAGGAUUGGAUUGAGGAACGCGACGGCUUCUGGUGUUUCGACUCAUGAGACAGGAGUUUAUCAACGAGUAGGAGACGUGGAAUUAUCUGAGAGGGUGGGAUGA